UGGAGUUAGCGCGUUUGGGGAAUGUAUAAAAGUCAAUAUAAAUAGUUUCUCAGAAAUUCCCAGCCAAAUUUAUUCAUACUAAUAAAUACUCGUAUAUCGAGACACACACAUACAAACCGCCUAAAUCAAAGUUAAUUACUUAAUUUCCGUCGCCGGAAUUCGAUCUUUGCCGACUACUAUUAACUUCUUUCUGCUGCUGCUGCCGGCGGGGUUUUAUUAUAGUGUGAAACAAAAUGGACAUGGAGCAGGAAUCAGAGUGGAAUGCAGCACAGAAUAUUUCACUGAGUGUAGAUCUUUCGGCUGCUGCUAAGCGUCAACUGCAAUUUCUUGCGGCCGUAGACAGAAAUCGUUGGCUUUAUGAAGGCCAGACCUUGCAAUGGGCAAUUUAUAGAUACAAUGCCUGUUGGCUUCCCUUGCUUGCUAAACAUUCCGAGUCUUGGGUCACUGAAGGACCGCUGGUUGUUCCCCUUGACUGUGAGUGGGUUUGGCAUUGUCACAGACUCAAUCCAGUUAGAUACAAAUCUGAUUGUGAAGAGUUUUAUGGAAGGAUUCUUGACAACUGUAAUGUUGUCUCUUGUGUUCAAGGAAUCUCAACAAGGGAAACUGAAGAAAUUUGGAACGAACUAUACCCUAACGAGCCCUAUGACUUUGACAUGGGGCGUGCUCUCUCAAGCGAAUUUUCAGACACUAAAUAUGGAACUCAAAGCUUUUCCAAAUAUGAUUUUACUUUAGCUAUUCAAAGACAGAGUACAUUCUUUUAUCAGGUAUCCAGACAGCAUUUCAACAGCAAUGUCUUUCUUGAAGCAGCUGUUGCUAGAUAUAAAGGCUUUUUGCAUAUCAUCAGAAGAAACAGAGAGAGAUCUAUUAGACGCUUUUGUGUUCCGACGUAUGACGUUGACUUGAUUUGGCAUACUCACCAGUUACAUCCUGCUUUCUACUGCAAAGACCUAGUAGAAUUACUUGGAAAGAUUCUAGAUCAUGAUGACACGGAUCAAGACAGAGGAAAAGGUCAAAAGCUGGACACAGGAUUUUCUGAUACUACCAAGCAAUGGGAGGAAACAUUUGGUUCAAGGUAUUGGAGAGCUGGGGUAAUGUAUAGAGGCAGGGCACCAUCUCCUGUCACUACCAUUCCUUGCAUACCGGACAUUGCCACCAAUGCAACUGAUUCAACUAAUGGUUUUGAGAGGUUGAUUGAUAGUCCUAAAUUAAGUUACAUUGAGGUCCUUUUAGAGUUUAUAGAAAUUAAUAACUUACCGGAGAUUCACAAGGGAAAAGUCGAUAUUGUGUUUAGUAAAGCACAGCCUGAUGGAAUCCUCAAUGUGAAGAGGUAUCUCACUAUCCAGUCUGAGCAUGGCCAGAAACAGGUUGCUACUUUUCAGUGUCAACCUACUGGAUAUUUGUUCUUUGAACUUGUCUCUCAACCUGAUUCCAACACACGACGAUCAGCAAAGGCUAAAACUCUGGGGUCUUGUUUUAUUUCCAUGGAAGAAUUUUUUGGCCCUGUCUCUAAACUCUCGGUAGAAACAUGGUUGGAUUUGGUGCCUAGCUCAGGGACUGUUAGCUCUGAACCAAUGCGUCUUCGAGUUGCUGCAUCAUGUACCUUGCCAGUUCCAGCACCAUACGUGGUUCAGAUGCUAGGUUCUUCUCCUCGUUUUAAAGCAUCUUGCUUUUUCCCACUUCCCGGUAGGGUGCGAUUUGCCAAGAACUGGACACGGAUAAUAGAUGUAACUGGUGAGGAGAUCAUUAGACUUCAGAUGAGGGUCUUGAAAAGAACAAAAGAUAUAGCGGACAAAUCAUUGACGAAGGAUAUAUAUGGGUUUACGAAAACAGGAGAAACACUUGUUCUUGGUCAACUUCUUGAGAACGAGUGGUCACUGCUGGGUUCUUUAUGGUCACUUAAGUUUCAAAACAAUGACGAGAAAGAAUCUGACCUCUUACUCAUUGGCCCACGGAUGGUCAAACUAGUUGAUGGUAGAAAGCUUGAUUAUGAACCAAAGCACCAUGAUAAGCAAACAAACGAACAUCAUUUCAUGACAGCUGUUGAGUUUUCUAGUGAAUACCCAUAUGGGAAAGCAGUAGCAUUGCUUGAUCUCAAAUCUGGAAUUUUAACGUGGCAAGAAGAAUGGCUUGCGUUGCCUGGAAUAAUCUCGGCUUUUAUCGCGUCUAAGCACUUUCACAAAGGAAGAGUAUGAUGGGCUUCCUUGCAACAGUUGUACAAAAUAGAAGGGACAUGGAAUGUACAGGUUUACAACUCAAAUGGGUGGACAUUCAUACGCGUAAAACUCUUGACUUUACAUUUUACUUUUUUCCUUAGAAAACGGAGUUCUUAAACUGUUAGGCAUAAACUGAUUUGAAAAUAUGAAAUUUGUGUGUUUGAUAGAGAUGGCCGAAAGUUUGUAUAGGGGUUGUUUAUACGAGUUUUUGUAUAAAUAUAGGAUACAUACAUAUCUUGUUACAAUUGACCGUGCGAGUCUUGUUUCCAUAUAUAGUAUGCUUAGAUUGUAGACUAGUAGCAUAGAGCGUAUUAAUUUGUUUCAGAAUUGGUUGUGUGAAUAAUAAUAUCUUUGAAGAGGCUGCCGAGAAGUAGGUUGCGGAUAUUAUUUUUUGAGAAACUGAGUUUUGAAUUGGGGAAGAAGUUGGUAUAUUUUUGCAUCA